CUCACAUCGCAUGUCUCCGGGUACUGCCAUGGAUCUGGCAGCGGCGUUGGCGACGGCGGGUGCGGUGCUGGUGUUGGCGGUGGCGGUGCCGCUGCUGGUCAGGCGGUGGCGGCUGCUGCAGCGGAGGUCCAAUGUGUGGCCGGUGGCGGCGCCGGGACUCUCUCCGGAUACCUCCUUGUGCGUCACGGAUAUCCAGUCCUCCACGACGCUUUGGGAGGAGCUUGACCCACGGGUCAUGGACGAGGCGUUGUCGCUGCACAACAGCUGCAUUCGCGGGCUGUUGUCCAAGCACCAAGGCUACGAGUGCCAUACUGAGGGGGACUCUUUUGUCGUCGCCUUUCCGACGCCUGCGUGCGCUGUGGCCUUUGCGUUGGAGAUGCAGGUUGCCCUUAUGCAGCUGCCCUGGCCUGAAGACCUGCUGCACUGCGAUCCCUGCGCCGUCGUGUACCAAUCAGCAGCAGCCCAUGCAGCCAUGGGCUCCGGCGUCUCAACUACAGCCCCAUCCGACACUGCGGCGUUGGCAGCAGCAGCAGCAGUGGCCGCCACCACAGCAGCGACAUCCUUAACGACGGUAGCUGGUUUAGGAC